AUGGCGACGGAAGUAGCAACUCCGGUUCAUGCACCGGCGUCAUCUCCGGCGACCAACCUCAUUGUGUCCGCAACAACAACCGCCGUGGAUACUCAUAAGAAGAACAGGAUUCAAGUUUCUAACACCAAGAAACCCUUGUUCUUUUACGUUAACCUCGCCAAGAGGUACAUUCAACAACACAACGAGGUCGAGCUUUCUGCACUUGGAAUGGCGAUCACAACAGUGGUAACUAUCUCAGAAAUUUUGAAGAACAAUGGACUUGCAACAGAAAAGAAAGUUCUGACAUCAACAGUGGGAAUGAAGGACGAGAACAAAGGGAGAGUAAUUGAGAUUGUAUUGGGAAAAUCAGACAAAUUCGAUUCUCUGAUGACUCCGGCGACCAAAGAUACAGUGCCGGAGGAGAAGGCAGUGAACAAGGUGGAGAAACCAAUAGAAGCUGAAGCUGAAGGCAAGAAGGAGUGA